AAAGAUUCAGCUUCGAGCACAGUAGUCAGCUUCGAUGAGCUCAACUUGCGGACUCCAACGCAAUGUCUCCUUUGGCAGAAGUUCGAACGCUGCAGAGGACCUUCUUAGUGCCUUUUGCCGCAGUUCCUUGUUGGCCUCAGGUGGACCCAGAUCGACUAGCUGGAAGCUACAGACUCGAUGUUUUCUGCCGCUGCCUAGCAUCCACUUUGGGGCCCAGGCCGCGCAAAGACUCCAUCUUCUUAGCUGCCUUCACUAAACCUUCUUGGACGCCGAGGCUCGGCGUGGGUCUUCUGGAAAGUUUGGAUGGCCAACCACCAGCAGGUGCGGCCCCAGUUGGAGCUGUAGAAGUUGUUGGGAGAGAGGCACAAGAUCAAUUCCUCGAAGAGCGCCAAACGGCUCUUCGCCUGCAACAGAUGCUCAACCAGCAGCCUGUGCCUGGCUGGCGGAGCUGGGAGGAGGCAUCCAUGCGAUCGCUCAUUGUCAACUUGCUAAAGAGCCAUAAGCUUCGUGGCCAACGUGGACGUUUGUUUGUGCUCCAGGAGGACGCGCCUGAAACUGUCGAGAAGGCAAAGUAUGAGAAGAAAGGGGUCCAAGUCUUCAUGUCAAUGUGAAUUUUGCAAACUACUAUGCAGUGUGAAUUCGAGAGUGGACCAAGAUGCAACUUAGGCAAAUCUACAGUUCCAUUAAUUAAUUAAGCUACACAACUUCGUCCAAUUGAAUGGUUUUGCGCUUGAUGGAGUGAACAGG